AGUUGUUUAGGUUAUGUUGAGGUAGUGGUGUGUUUACAUUUUCUCGUAGUAAGUAAUGAACUGUAUACUAAAAACCAUAACCACACUGUCAAAAACCGCAAACAUCAACAAUCAAAUAAGAACAAUGCACAACGAAAUCCUCAGGGAAAUUUUCCAAGAAUCCGUAAAUUCAGUUCAACCGCAGACUCUCAUCAAAAACAAGGUAUUGGUACACGAGAGCCAUCUAUCAAUCGACAGCGAAACCCACCCGAUCAGCAAACCAUGCUACAUCGUAGGAUUCGGGAAAGCAGUCGUGGGCAUGGCGGUUCAACUUGAAAAAGCCUUGGGCUCCAAACUAGAGAUGGGGAUUGUGACGGUGCCCAAAGGCAUAUUCGAAUGUUUUAAGGAUAAUAAGGAAGUUUUACCGGCGCCAAAUUCCAGAAUAAGGUUUAUUGAAGGCGCUGAAAAUAAUUUGCCCGAUAAAAAUGCUGAGCAAGGAGCCAAGGAAAUUAAGGAGUUAGUGGAACAGCUCCAGGCUGAUGAUUUCCUAAUUGUUUUAAUUUCAGGUGGAGGUUCGGCCCUUCUCCCUUUACCGAUUCCACCGGUAACUUUGGACGAAAAAUUAGGUUUAAUUAAAAAUCUGGCGAAGCGUGGAGCCAACAUAAUAGAACUGAAUUGCGUGAGGAAACAAAUAUCGGCGCUCAAAGGGGGCAAGUUGGCAGAGCUCUCAUACCCUUGCAGAACGGUGUCAUUAAUUUUGUCGGAUAUUAUUGGAGACCCAUUGGAUUUUAUAGCGAGCGGUCCCACAACGCCAAACAACGAUACUUUCAUAGAUCCAAUAAAGAUAAUAAAGAAAUACUCAUUGUAUAGCGAAACUCCAAAUUCGAUAAAAGCGGCUUUCGAAAAGAAAAAUCGAUCGCCUGAAACCGUCACGCCAAUUCUAAAUGGAAAAUACAAACACGUAGAAAACUAUAUUAUAGGAAACAACAAAAUAGCGGCCGAGGCGGCCAGAAUGCACGCUGAAAAACUCGGAUUUCAGUCGCUGGUGCUUUCGACGAACAUAGAAGGGGAAGUCGCAGAAAUUGCCGAAGCGUACGCUAAUCUGGCACGCAACACCGCCGAUCUAAUUAGAAAUUCAUCCAGCGAAGAAAGUUUGCGAAGUUUUCGUCAAGCAUUGAAAGCUGAUUUGCAUGUUGCAGAUGAUUUAAUUAGCGGGAUUAUCAAUAUGGAUUUCAGCAAGAAAAUGUGCUGGGUGCUGGCCGGCGAGCCGACAGUUGUGGUAAAAGGCGCCGGCAAAGGGGGCCGAAAUCAGCAAUUAGCCCUGGAGUUCGCGUUCCGGGUAAACAGCCACCAAAUAAAAUCCGCAAAUAUUUCAUUUCUUAGCGCCGGCACAGAUGGCAUAGACGGACCGACCGACGCUGCAGGAGCCCUGGCGGACGCCAAACUGCUCGCCAACUGCCUCGCAGAGAAAAUUAACCCCGCAGACUAUUUAGAUAAUAACGAUUCAUAUAGUUUCUUUAGUGCAUAUAAGGAGGGAGAGUGUCUAGUUAAGAUCGGACACACUGGUACCAAUGUUAUGGAUAUACACUUAUUAAUUGUUGAACCUAUUGAUAAACAAUAAAUAAGUUCUUAUAUAUACCGAGUGUAUCUGAGAAUAAGCGCACCCCUGUAACUUUUUUAUUUAUAAAGAUAGACACAUGAAAUUUAGCAUGGCUAAUUAGGAUAUAAAAUGCCACUUAUAAGAGUACAAAAUGAAUUUUUUGAACUUCCG